UCAUCCAUUCACUGAGAAAAUUAUUCACACAUACAUAUGCAAAUAGCUUAAAUUUUUAGCCCGACUAAAAAUAUUUGUUAUUCCAAUUUAAAUUUAACUAAUGUGAACAUUCGUGUACGUGCUUUAAUCAAAAAGUCUGAGAACUACCCACUAUACCCACUAUAAUCUCAUAAGUUUGCUAAAUAAUUAUUUUAGUUGUAAGCUUAAUUUUGAUUCAGUGUAAAAUGGAAUACAAUCUAAAGCAACAUGUAGGCGUCAUAGCUAAUUUUGAAGCCCAAACCAUCCACACGACCCAACCAAACCAUUUUGCGUACUUUGCAAUGUUGGUUUGCCUAGUAGUAGCAAUAUUAAUAUUGCUUUGCAUUUUUGUAAAGAUUUAUUGGGAUGAUAAUUCCCAGGAUUUCCAAGAAGUUCUCCCAAAAAUUUAUUGGAAAAGAAGUGGAACAAACGAAUUCAUUGUGACAAUAGGAGAAACAAAUCUCAACGACCCUUUGAAAGAUAAUGCCAGCGCUGUAGCUGAAAAUCCGGAUCACCAAGGAGAACAAAUUUUCAAGGCUGGAAUUGAAACGGCUGUUCACCAGGAAGCCUCAAGCCUCCUUUCUGACGACGAGUGGACGGAUAUUGAUGAGUGAUGAAACAAAAAAUGACAAUUAGAGCUCAAAAUAAUUUUAAAAAAAUAUUGGCAUAUGAUUAUAUUUUAAACUUUUACACAUACCCUAUCCUUUUUAAAUAUUUGUAAAACAAAACAUGUCAUAUUGAUCCUCAUUUCUUCCUAUCUCACUGUUCAUGGGCCCAUCAAUCAAACCGAGCUUACUGUAAUAAAUAAGAUACAUUUGGCUUGUAAA